AGCCGGGCUGUCAGCCAGCCGUGUCCUGGUCAUAUGGGUCAACACUAAGUCGUACCUCCUGUCAUCCACAACAGCUGGCAUGAAUCGAAACUCCUCAGCAUGAUUGAAGACGACGCUUAUCGGGCGUCCUCCCAAUAUCGGUACUGGUCAUAUACGAAGGAAUCAUUGUCACGAAUCCGGCACAACACUAAUGACCUAGCCUCUGAGAGGGUUCGCGCCGCUUUUCGAAGGGCUCAGACUGCAGCCAAAACGUCACGCAAUGGAGCGGCGGAUAGCAAUACCGACGCUGAUGCUAAUGUAGACAAUGAGAAGACGCAACUGUCUCCGGACGUCGGCGAGGAUUUGGUUGAGAUCCAAACUUUGACGGUCGAUGAGGAGCUCAAGAUCGUGGAGUGGGGGUGUCAGAAGAUCAUGGACAUGGGAGAGGCCAUGAACCCAAGAAUCCCUACGGCGAUCGUGGCCACAGCGAUUCAAUAUCUUCGUCGAUUCUACCUCACUAAUAGUCCCAUGACCUACCACCCGAAACAAAUUAUGAUGUGCGCAUUAUACCUUGCGACCAAGUCCGACCAUUUUUACAUUUCUUUGCCACGAUUCAUCAGUGAACUCGCAAAUGUCUCAGAAGACAACGUCAAAGCCCCUGAGUUCCUGCUAUUACAGGGUCUACGUUUCACCCUCGAUGUGCGGCAUCCUAUGAAAGGGCUCCAAGGGGGACACAUCGAAAUGAAUGAGAUGGCCGAGGAGGGACUUAUUCGAGGAAUCAAGGGCGAGCGGAGAGAUAGGGAGAAGAGGAUCGGUGCCGCAGCAGACCAAGCAAAAGAACUCCUGGCCACCGCGGCACAGAUGACAGAUGCGUAUUUCCUCUUCACUCCGGCACAGAUCUGGCUGGGGGCAGUCAUGGUGGCGGAUCGAGAACUUGUGGAGAGAUACCUCGACGCCAAAAUAGAUGGAUUGAGAAAGUUACCUUCGGGCAUGCUUCCCGUGAACGACGCUGAGGAAGAAAAGGCCAGGGAGGCUUUUAGGACGAAACUCCUCGCCACAAUCUCGUCUUGUGCCAGUUUAUUGGAGGACUACAAGAGCCCAGACAACGAUGCAGCAUCAAGAAAGGAGAUGAAAAGAAUUGGUAAGAAAUUGACCGUUUGCCAGAACCCAGAAAAGGUCGAUAUCGUCGCGGUAGCGAGAGCAAAGGCCGCAGAGAAGAGAGAAGGUGAUGCUAGUGACAAAGAAGCAAAGGCAAAGAAGAGGAGAUUGGAGAGAGAGAAGAGUGCACGGGAUGCCGAUGUUUUUGGACCGGAUUUGAGGGAUUCCAAGUGAACUUGGAAUCGUAGUACCACGGAAAUACAGGGGUUUGUCACAGAUAUUGGCCACCAUUUGACAAACCCAGAAGAAAGUACUUAGAAAUGCAGGAAUCACUGCUCUCGCUUGACC